AUGGAACGCCAACUAGGAGAUAGUCAUUUAAAUGAUUUUCUCAAGGAAGUGAAAAGACGAAUCACAGUUAUUACCCCUUAUCGUGCUCAACAGCAUUUUCUUCAAAGUAUUCUUCCUCCUGAUGUGGAAGUCCUGACUAUCGAUGGCGCACAAGGUCAAGAAAAAGACUUUGUUAUUGUUUCAUGCGUUCGAAGUGGUAAUCAAAUUGGUUUCUUGAGAGAUAUGAGACGAUUGAAUGUUGCAUUGACUCGUGCAAAAUGCGCUUUAUAUAUUAUUGGUAAUCUGACAAAAAUUGCAGAAAAUGAUCCUGUUUGGAUGGAACUGUUAACUGAUGCUACCCAAAGAAAAAUUAUUUCUCAUUUGUUAGAUGAUUUAGACGUUAGUUCGCUACCAGUACAAAAUGGCACCGUUCAAAGUUUCAACACAUCUAUGUUAUCCAUGAAAUCUAAUGAAAUAGUCGAUGGUCCACACAUUGAAGUAGACGAACAACUUGAUCAAAUGAAUUUAUGUGAACCAUUUACACGUAGUGUUUAUGAUUAUGAUAUUGAACAACUGGCUGCUGUGCAACAACGUGCAAUCAACCCAUGUAUAUCCGGUGACAAACAUGCUCGUAAGAAUAUGAAACGUCUUAAAGUAGGUGUUCGAAUUGUUGUCGGUACACCAGGACGUGUUUACGAUAUGCUUAAAAGAUCAGUUUUACAUCCCCAAAAUAUCAAAUUGCUCAUAUUAAAUGAAACUGAUAAGAUGUUAUUACAUGGUUUCCAAAACCAAAUCCGUAAUGUGUCUAAAAUUAUCCCAAAAAACACACAGGUUAUUCAUCUAUCAGCUACUACGCCAAGCGACGUGAUCGAAGUGACAACUAAAUUUAAGAAGAAUUCGAUUAAUAUUCUCGUUGAAAAUAAAUUAACUCUCGAAGAUAUUCGUCAAUUUUACGUUUCUGUCGAACAGGAGGAACAGAAAAUAUAUAUGCUUUGUGAAUUUUACAAAACUUUGCGAAUUAAACGAGCUACUAUUUUCUGCCAAUCAAUUCAAAAAGCUAAAUGGUUAAAAAAAGAGUUGCGCUCACGCAAUUUUACUGUAUUCGCUGUGUAUGGUAAUAUGAAUCUUAUAGAGUGUCAUGCUGAUAUGAAAGAAUUUCGAACAGAUUGUAGUCGUAUUUUAAAUACAGCUAAUUCACUCACACGUAUCACUAAGGUACCACAAAUAAGUCUUCUCAUUAAUUAUGAUUUACCCGGUAAACUUGAACAUAAUAUUGAUCGGUAA